AUGUUUGUCUCGGUCAGAUGCAAACAUCAUAGAGAGGUUUUAUUUCAAAGAUGAAAGAUUUUUUUGAUAAAAAAUUUUUUAGUACACAAUUUGUGAAAACUGGAAUGGAUUCAGUUAUCACAAAACAGGAACCCCGGAAGCUAAUAUUAUUUGCGAGAAACGGCUCGCGACUGCCAGCUUAAAAAAUGAAAUAAAUCAAACAGGGUAUAAGGCUUUUCUUUUUUUAUAGAUAUAUACUUCAUCCUUUUUUUAGGUGGGCUCAUCUUGAAGUUAAAGUUAUCGGCGAAAAAUUACCACACUACGUUCAAGGAUACGCGGCCGGAUUCGUUGAAGGUGAAAUUUUUAUUUGAAAAGGUGCUCAACCCACUUCAGUAAUUAAUCAGCUAUUAAUCAAACUGUUAUGGACAACUAAAGACCUUUGCCAACGUCUUCCAAUUAUUACUUUAAAGAAAACAAAAAAACUUGAUAGUCUAAAAUACAGUUAUAUUUGUUGAAAUGGGAAAAGGUUGAACGGAAAUUAAAUAAAAAACUGAAAAGCAUGAAAGAACGGGAGUAAAAAGUGUUUGAAGUUCUUAGAAUUUGUUAAAAAAAUUUUUUUAAUACACAAACUUGUUCAACAUUUAAAAGAAAAAAAAAUAUGCAGGAAAGGUAAUGCCGUGUUCAAAGUAAUUUCCGCGAAAUGCGAAAUGGUCUCUGACCCUCCAAAAUUCAGUUAUCUUUCUCUUUCUCUGACGGCUAUUUUGAAUUUCGCGGAAUCACUUUGAACACGGCAUAAAAUAAAAAAAAAUUUCAUGAAAAAAAAAGGAAUUCUCUGUGUUCUCGAUGGAGCAAACAAUGAUUGCUCAUGCGGCACGUUUCUCAGGGCGGAAAAAGAUUAGAGAAGGGUGCAUGGAUUUUCCUGUGCAAAAAAAUGAAUUCAAAAAAAAAAUCACUGUCGAAGUAUAUAUACUUUUGAAUUUUUUCUCCAUAUGGAAAAUUGCGCAAUUUUGCCAAAACACUCGUCAAUCUGAUGCCAUUUUGAACCAGAAGAUUUUCAAUUUUUUCGUUCUCGAAAAUUUUUCGAACGCGUCGUAAAGAGCUUUGAGUAUCGAUGGAUAUCCCCUAGUCGAGUUAAAACUAAAGGAAACGUUUUUGCCAUUUUUUGCAAAAUACUUUUGAACGCGCCAUAUCAGCAGCAUGCCGCGCGGCACCUUUUUAGUACCUCAAAAAGAAACUCUAGCUUUUUCUUUUAGACUUUUUUAUAUUUGUUGUCAAAGUUUUUUGAAUUCUCAUGGUUAUACAGGUCGGGUCACCCGCGACCUAAUUGAUCUUCACAUCGUGAACACGGUGGAUGACUUCUGUGACGGAGCAAAGCACUUCUGCGAUGAGCUGGGCGAGUUUCUCAUUGAGAACUUAAAAUGGAUGACGGACCAGGUCCAGCAGAAUCCUGAGCACGGAUACUGGCAACAAGUCUGAACCGAGAGUCUUAUUUAACUCGAUAUACUUUGAAGGUUAAUUUAACGUUAAAUCAGCUUUUCGGCUUGAUUCACGGAUACGAAAACAAAGUGAAUGGCGGUAUGACCCUGGAACAAUUAGUGAUCCACCCAAUAUAGUAAGGAUACGUAGUUAAGAUAGCACCAGGUGUCUGUUUGCAGCAUGAUCCAACUGGCUGGAGAUCUGGAAGAUCUUGCGAUGAAGUUCAAGAAACCGGAAAACCCAAAAAACGUUUAUUCCGGCCCGGGGCACUGUUCAGCGCUUGUGAAGGUAACUUGAAAAGAAGUUUUUGUCACUUCUGUUUCGAUUGCGUUUAGCUUCUCCCAAACAAUAAGGACAUCUUGUUUUCUCACGUAACUUGGACUUCCUACUCUUCAAUGCUGAGGAUAGCAAAAAAGUAUACUUUCAAAACUGGUGACCCCGGCAGCGCGUAUUCUUUCUCUAGCUACCCAGGUUCAGAUUGAAUAUAUUUCUACGAAAUUAUCACUAUUUUCAGCUUCAAUCACAUCAACAGACGAUUUCGUUCUGACGUCCGCAAAACUUGCGAUACUUGAGACGACUAUUGGAAACUACAACGAAUCUAGUUUGGACCUGAUCACUCCCAAUGCCGUGCUCACGUGGAUUCGAGCAGAGGUCACAUUGAAAUCUGGAGAGAAACUGAUUUGCCUGAUAGGUUGCCCAUCGGACAGCAUCUUCUGGAACGCAGUGGGCCGAGACUUUCGGCAAGUACAACAGCGGAACAUAUAACAACCAGUGGGUCAUCGUCGACUACAAAAAAUUCAAGCCUGGCCGCGAACUUCAACCAGAUCACGGCAUCAUCCACGUAAUCGAGCAGAUGCCGUGAGUUGACAGCUCUCCACGACUCAAAAACGAAGCUACAAUUCAGAAGACACAUUGUUCAUUCCGAUAUGACUGCUCACCUCAUGAAAUCAACCUACUGGCCUGGUUACAACCAACCGUGAGUCAAAAAGCGAAGAAAGAUUUCUAUUUCUCCGAUUUUCAGCUAUUAUCCGCAAAUAAUCAAGUACAGCAACACGGACAGCAUGGUUCAGAAGUACGGCGAUUGGUUCAGCUACGACAAAACUCCACGGGCACAGAUUUUCGCCCGCGACCACUCGAAAGUCGUCGACAUGGAUUCGAUGAUUACACUCAUGAGGUGAGUGCAGUUAUGGAAUAGGAAUGAAUCACGGUAUGUCUCGGAUCGAAAAACAGAAAUAUGGAUCUGCACCUCUGAGGUCUAGAAAAAUAUCCUGAAACUCUUCAAAAAAUGGCGAAUGGACACACGGAUUAGUGUUACACUGUUUCACGGCACAUAUCACAAGUUGUACCAGAAAGCAGUAAAACAAUUGAACCUGAUGUUGAUUUCAUGUUUAACGAUAGGUGAUUGAUUUUGCAAGAAAGUUUUUUUGCUUUCAUUUUGUCGCAAGAUUGGCAAAAAAAUAAAAUUUGAUUUCACACUUCAGUUUGACGAGAAGCAUAUUUCCUAAUAUCACUAUCAUGGAUAAUGUCGUGCAUGAAAAAUUUUUUUGAAGGGAAUUAAUUUUUUUAAUUAUGUAAGGAAAAAUUUGAACGAUGUAGUUAGAGCUUUUUCUUGAGAUAGUGAAAGGGAAAUCGUCUUUUCUACAAAAAAAUAAAAAGAUUAAAAAAACAAGAAGUUUCGAAGGUCGAACAACUACACAAAAGAUCCGCUGUCGCGGUGCGACUGCAAUCCGCCGUACUCCGCCGAGAACGCCAUUUCCUGCCGCAGCGACCUGAACCCUGCAGACGGUACCUAUCCUUUCAAGGCUCUCGGCUUCCGCGACCACGGUGCCACUGACGUCAAGGUUGACAUGACUUCUCCGAAGCUCUUAAAGGAAAUCUAGGUAACAAACUCUCAACUGAUGCAAGGGCUCGAGUUUGUCGGAAUCGCGGGACCGACCCACGAUCCUACGCCAAUCUUCGACUGGAAGACCGCGCCUUUCAGAGAGAAAGUGCCACAUUUUGGACAGCCCGAUCGCUGGACGUUAGUUUCAUUCAAGAUCUUGGUUUUGAUUGCUUCUUAGUUUUGUACUCAACCAGUCCAGAAAAAAGGCCCUCCUUCAUUGAUGAGACGCGACUUUUUCAUAGAAAUAAUAAUUGUCUGUUUAGUUCAAAAAGUUUUGAUUUGAAAGGGAAAAUGUAAAAACGAGUCUAGCAAAAGUCGGUUAGUCAGCCCUCAGAGAAUGUCUCGCUGAAGUAGAGAUUAUUCGAUGAGCUGCUUGUCAGUUUGUGCAAAAAAUCAUGUCGUCUUUCUUUGGAGAAAAGUGUCAGCAUAUUGAAAGUUAAAAAUGAAAAACUAAUCAGCCAUGUAGGGGUAAUUUUAAGUCAUUUGACAGAUUUCUGAAAUGAGUAUUAAGGUUUGGUCCGGUGACGCACACAUGGGGCCGUCAAAAUCUCUACCAUAGUCAUCACAAGGUGCAGAAAAUGUCUUCGAAAUUUGCCAGAAAUUGA